AUGAGAAUCGAGACGUGCUACUUCUGCAGUCGCCCUGCUUAUCCAAGCAAGGGUAUCACCUUUGUCCGCAACGAUGCUAAGGUCUUCCGCUUCUGCCGCAGCAAAUGCCACAAGAACUUCAAGAUGAAGCGUAACCCCCGCAAGCUCAAGUGGACAAAGGCGUACCGCGCCUCGGCGCACAAGGAGAUGACGGUCGACAGCACCCUUCAGUUCGGCGCGCGGCGCAACGUCCCCGUGCGGUACGACCGCGACCUCGUCGCCAAGACGCUCAAGGCUAUGGAGCGCGUGUCCGAGAUCCGGUCCCGCCGCGAGCGCGUCUUCUACAAGAAGCGUAUGCAGGGCAAGCGCGAGCGCGAGAUCGCCGCCGCCCGCAAGCUCGUCGCCGAGAACGAGCACCUGCUCCCGCGCCUGCGUGGCUCCGAGAAGAAGAGGCUGGCGGCCGAGGGCGCCACCGAGGACGAGAUCGCCGCCCUCGAGGCCGAGGGCCGCGUGCUCUCCAAGAACAAGGCCGGCAAGGUCUUUGGCAAGGAGAAGAUCCGCCAGCGCGUCACGGUCGACGGCGACGUCGUCGAGGAGCGCGAGGGCGUCAUGCAGCAGGACGACGGCGAGUGGGACGACGAUGAUGCCGAGGACGACGACGAGGAGGAGGAUGGCGAUGUCGACAUGGAGGACUGA